CCCCGCCCGCCCGCCUCAUCGGCAUCGUGCAGCUCUCCCCCCUCCCCCUCUCCCAUGGCAUCCGCGCCGAGCACCACCGCGUCCACCCUCGCGCCCCCUCUCCGCUCGCCCCUCUCCUUCUCCUCCUCCCGCCGGCUCCCUUCCGCCGCCGCGCUCCCUCGGGCGGCGGGGGCGCUCCUCCUCUGCCGCGCGCCCGCGCCGGCGCGGGGGCUCGCCCUGGCGCGCGUGCGGUGCCGCGGGGCGGUGAAGCUGGUCGGGGAGGGCGAGUUCGAGGCGGAGGUCAUGCAGUCGGACCUGCCCGUGCUCGUCGACUUCGUCGCCGACUGGUGCGGGCCCUGCCGCCUCGUCGCCCCCGUCGUCGACUGGGCCUCCGAGGAAUAUGAGGGGAGAUUAAAGAUUGUCAAGAUCGACCAUGACGCGAAUCCUCAGAUUAUCGAGAAGUACAAGGUUUACGGUCUCCCGGCGUUGAUCCUCUUCAAGGACGGGCAGGAGGUGCCAGGGAGCCGAAGAGAAGGCGCGAUAAACAAGGCCAAGUUCAAGGACUACAUCGAGCCUCUCCUGGAGACCUCAAAUGUGGCCUGAUAUCAUCGCCUGCGGUCUGCAGGACCGAUUCUUGUAAUGGUUCACACUUCAGAGGAUGCCAAAUGGCACUGGCUUGAGCUGCACAGCUUGCAUAUCAAAGAGUUUUCCCCACUCCAUCAGCUCUAGUCUGUAAUUACUAAAUUACCUACACGAUCAGGACUAUGUAUGGCUUUCAUUGUAUGAAAAAAAUAUUAGCAUAUAUGAAGAGCUAUUCAUGAGUAUGUACA